AUGGUUGGAAAACUUUCCCUACUCUCUCUUGCAGCAGUGGCUGGUGUAGCAUCGGCGCAAUCGAUCGACUAUCCCGGAGUGGUCUCGUCGAAUGAAAACGGACCUACAAACCCAGACGAACCGGAACUGGGCACUGACACGCCGGACGACUCGACAGCGCGACUGCUCACAGUGAACAACAUUGAUGAUUUCUGUAUAUUCGGACCAAAGGAAGCCGACAAAACGAUUGGCGACACGGAAUCUGAGCAGGUAGCUUGGUGCACGCAACCGCGCAACAACGCGCGCCUGAUUCCCGAAGAUACUUUCACGGGCCUGCACUUCGUCAAGACACCCUACUACAUCCAGCUGCAAGGGUGGGGAGAUCUGACCAAGAUCGGGGUGAAGGACGGCGACUACGGCGGCGAGCUCGACCCACACGGUGCCGAAGGAAAUGGGAACCCUGUCGGUGGGAAUGUCACAUCUAACAUAACUGGUGAUGCGGUAUUCUACGAGGAGUGGAUGGAAUUCAUUUCGUAUGAGCAAUUCUGUCUGCGUGUAUGUACGGCAGCGGACGAUAUGUGGGAUGCGUCAACUAUGUGCGAGCACAAGCUGGACGAGAUGGGCUGUGGGUUCAUCAUGCCUGGUGAUUAUGCGGGCAAGCAGGAUGAAUUUAUUUCGUGCGAUGCAGACGCAGCUUUCCCCCCAGGUGUUUAUCCAGAUGGAGACGGCUACAGCACUUUCAACCAGCGCUACACGGGUACUAUCACCUCUAACACUUAUGAGGUAUACACCGUAGGCGAUACAGCUACCCCGUCGGCACCGUACAGCACACCUUCUAGCUCCAACUGUGCCACCCAGUCCAGUCUGCAUAUGUACGUGCACACAGAGAGCGAAAGCGACGGCCCGCAAUCAACCUCCGACGACAGCGGCAACAGUAGCACACAGGCAGAGAACGGUGAUAGCGGUGCACGUAACAUGGCUCUCGGCGCCAUCGCUACUGUCUCCAUUGGGCUCAUUAGUGCAUUCGCUGUCUUGUCUUAA